UAUCAUUUUCAUUGUAAUUAAAUUGGUAAUAAUCUUCUGCGAAAAAGUUCAUAAUAAACGUAGUGCCUAAUGAGCAAAUAUUAUUCCAUGCCAGGAAUUCAUUAUUGUACAAAGAAGUCAGGAAGUUCCUCAAUAUGGUUGUGGUGCAGACGGUUUUUGCCUUUAUGGUAGUAUUUUCAUUGAGCCAUAUGAUUCAUUGUCCUGUAAAAUCAUCACCGGUACAAAGCCCAAAAUCUAUUACAGAUCCGGCCGUCCCGACAAAAAAAAUUGCUGCCAGAGCUACUGUUGGUGGAGGCGACAAAGUUAUAGCAAAACGAAAUACACGAGCGCUUGAUCUAAACUUGAUAAAAUUAUAUUUUACUGUCCCCUACACGCUUAUGAUUUAUGGACUGAAAAAUUACUGGGGAAACACAAAACAUUCAAUACGAAAGUUUGCAUCGCGUUUCUGCAGGAAGAAACCUGAAAGCGAAGAUGACUAUGAAGAUAAUUAUUAACUAUUUAUUCUGACAUAAUAUCAUUACAGUUAAAUAAAAUAUGAAAAUAGUUACAAAGUUAAUUUAUACUGGAAUAAAAUAUGUAAAACUUUUUUAAUAAUAAAAUUACUCAGCUUCGUACCAUAUAUCAACGGUAUUAUUUUUGUACUUAGAUAUUAUAUCUAACACGUGUAAAUGAAC